UUAUGCUUAAAAUUAUUGCUAAAAUCACAUCUGAAAUUUUGAAUUUGGUUGAAAUCACGUUUAUUUAGAUUCGGAAUUUUGGAAGUGAAAUUGACCUGAAAUUUUGGAGAACAAAACUGUCAAAAUUUUAUAGAUUCGGAAUAAAGAAAGUAGGGGUGGAAGUGAAAAAGUUUGAAAUUUAUGGGGUCAAAAUAGGAACCACGAAAUUCUCUUUGGGGGACCGAGAAUUGCAUAAAAACUACGCUACCUGUGUACACUUCCACUCUCCUGCUUAAGGUUUGAUCAAACGUAGUUCAGAUUUUUGCUGAGAUAAAUGAAAGAGUAAUAUUAUUUCCUGAGUUUCCAGAUUUAAGAUUGUUCAAAGACAACAUUUUGCAUAGGUAGAAAAAAGAGUGGUGUGGCUAAAGGAGAUGGUUAACUCAAAGGAGCCAAAGCGACGGGUUGCUUUUAUUCUAAUUGAUGGGGUGGGAGAUGUAUCACUGCCAAAGUUUGGUUACAAGACUCCCUUGCAAAUUGCCAAUAUACCUAAUUUGGAUGCAAUUGCAUCGGCUGGCGUCAACGGUCUAAUGGACCCCGUCGAAGUAGGCUUAGGCUGUGGAAGUGAUACUGCACAUCUGUCUCUUCUCGGCUAUGAUCCUAGAACAUAUUAUCGAGGUCGAGGUGCAUUUGAGUCCAUGGGUGCAGGUUUAGCAAUGUCACCUGGAGAUAUCGCUUUUAAAUCCAACUUUGCAACUCUAGAUGAAAGUACCGGAGUAGUUACCAGUAGGAGGGCAGAUAGGCAUUUUGAGGAAGAAGGACCUGUUCUUUGCGCAGCACUGGAUGGACUCAAGCUGCCUUCUUUUCCUCAAUAUGAAGUUAGAGUCAGGUAUGCAACAGAGCAUAGAUGUGGUGUAGUUGUUAAAGGACCAAAAUUAAGUGGAAACAUAUCAGGGACAGAUCCAUUGAAGGAUAAUCGCCUGCUUUUACAAGCUCAACCUCUUGAUGGUUCUGAUGAAGCAAAGAAUACAGCUGCAGUUGUUAAUGAGCUAUCUAAAGAGAUAUCUCGCAUUUUGGUUGGUCACCCUGUGAAUGCUAGAAGAGUUGCAGAAGGAAAGAAUAUAGCUAAUGUUGUCCUUUUACGAGGUUGUGGGAUUCGAAUUGAGGUCCCACCAUUUGAAAAGAUUCACGGUCUGCGGCCUUGUAUGGUUGCUCCUACCAAGAUCAUUGCUGGUUUGGGUUUGUCCCUUGGUAUUGAUAUUCUAGAAGCUCCAGGAGCAACGGGAGACUACAGAACCUUGCUAACCUCAAAAGCAACUGCAAUAGCCAGAGCCCUCUCAGCUCCUUCUAACGCAAGCCCCAAUGUCUUUGUACCUGGGGAAGAUGAACAUAAACCCGGCAGACCUGAUGGCUAUGACUUUGGAUUCCUUCACAUUAAGGCAAUAGAUGACGCCGGUCAUGAUAAAGCAAGUGUCUUCAAAGCCAAAGGCUUAGAAGCUGUUGAUAAAGCUAUAGGACAACUAGCUAAGCUCCUCUGGCAAACAGAGUCGACAGGGGCUUUCCAAUAUUACAUUUGUGUCACUGGAGAUCAUUCCACUCCAGUCGAAUACGGUGAUCACAGCUUUGAACCAGUCCCCUUCACACUGUGUCGUUUGAAAGACUUCAUCGGUGCUGUGGGAGGGGAAUCACAACUUUCUAAUAUCUCUCUCGACCCAUUUCCUCUUCCAACCAUUGAACCUAGUGAUGACUUAGCUGAUGCUGACAGAAGUGAAGAAGAGAAACAGGGAAAGCAGGGUCAGGCUUUUAGAGGUGACCAUGUUUACGAGUUCAAUGAGAUUGCAGCAGCCAGGGGAAUUCUCGGGCGAUUUACUGGUAGUGAAAUGAUGGGAAUCAUAAGAGCAUUUCUCAAGCUUUAAUAAUAGCUACUGCAUCCACUCUCAUUCGUCAGUAUUUCUUUUAACUUUGUGACAAGACCAACUAUGCUAGAAAACUACAACAGGGUUAGAAUUUGUUCUUCUCUAGUUGCUUUCGAGUUUUUUGUUGCGUGUUUGUUUCUGCAACUGCAUGUGUAUUUCGCUUUCACUCAUGCUGAAAGAGUAACUCUAGUUUGCUCCUCGCACUUGGACACAUGUAAUAAUGGCUAUGUGUCCUUAGCUCCUAAGGUCGAGAUAAUAUGUAUCCUUACCAUUGUUACAGUGCUUUGUACUCUGUUUUUCAGUUGAUGAAUAAAGCGGAAAAUCGCAAAUAUA